AUGGCAGACGAAGAGCCUGGCGGGCACGGCGAAGAAUGCGAAGAAGAAGAAGAACAGGAAAAAGUUGAAGAACCCUUGGUGGAGGAAGAAGAGACAGUCGAAGAAGAAUCUGUUUUAACUGAAUAUGACCCAGAUGAAUUUUUGUCUGGGGCCGUAACUAGCUUAGAUGCUACGAUUCCUGAUGAUUUAUUUGAAUUUGAGUAUCCUUUCAAUCAGAACCCUAAAAAAGAUCCGAACUAUAGAAUUGCAAUAGCAGAAGGUAGAGAAGGUCCCAGAGAUCCAAUAAUAUUACUUUAUACUUGGCCACAAAUGGACAUAGACGCAGUAUUGCGCGAUGGAACAGCCAAUGCCUAUUCAAUUCUGGACUUUAGCCCUGAUGGGGAGCUACUUGCAUCUGUAGGAAAGGAACCAGAUUAUAACUUAACAAUAUGGAACUGGAAAAAGCAUAGGAUUCUCCUACGUACUAGUGCCUUUACAUUUGACGUAAAUACGGUUAUGUUUUCACCGUAUUGUCCUGGCCAGCUUACAACUGCGGGAGCUGCACAUAUAAAAUUUUGGAAAAUGGCUAAUACGUUUACGGGUCUUAAAUUAAAAGGAGAACUUGGAAGAUUCGGUAAAACGGAAAUUUGUGACGUGUUGGGUGUUUACCCAAUGCCUGAUGAAAAGGUAUUAUCUGGAUGUGAAUGGGGUAAUGUCUUAGUCUGGGAAGCUGGUCUUGUCAAACUGGAAGUUACACAGCGGGGACGGAAAACUUGCCAUAAAGCUCCCGUGAUUCAAUUCAUGCUGAGUCCAGCUGGUGAUGAAGUGACAACAAUAGCUCGAGACGGUUGCGUGCGAGCCUGGUAUUGGGAUACUGUGGAACAAGCUGACCCGCCUGAAGACGACCCUUACGUCGAACUCAACCCCGUCGCUGAAACUUGUGUGCCAGACUGCCAAAUUAUGUGUUUGAAACAUCAGAAAGAUAUGUUUUGGUAUGCACAAGAUGGCAACGGAGGCCUCUGGACGGUGGAAUUAGAAAUAGACAAAAUAGAAUGCAAUCACCGGAAAGUGUUGACUUGUCACGCUGGUGCGAUCGUCGCUAUGGCUGCUCUUCGCUCACAUCCGAUCCUGGUCACGGCGGGACAAGAUGGCGCUCUGCAAGCAUACAAUACUGAAACCCAUGCACUGCUUGCUAGAUACCAGUUUCAAGCCGGUGUUACGUGCAUGCUGUAUCCACCGGUUGAUGUAGAUGAGACAUCUUGCAUUAUAAUAGUCGGUUUUGCGGAUGGGAUAAUGCGUACGUUAUUCAUUCAUCCCGAUCGUCUCCUGGCUCAGACGACAUUGGUCGAAGUUCGAGUACAUUCUGCACUCACUAUUCAUAGCGAAGACUCAAUUCACGCGGAUGUUCUUGAUUUAAUAUGCUUGCUGAAGCCUCACUCUAAAUCUCUUACACAAAUAACAAUAAAUGAACAACGUACACUAUUAGUUACUUGCGGUGAAGAUAGUACUAUAUUCAUUUAUAGACUGGUGAUCGAUACUCCCUUCAGACUACAUAGAUUGGGAUUUAUUGAAACUCCGAACAAUAUUGCUUAUAUGACAUGGAAACCAGAGGAAGAACGUGUGAUACUUUUGUGUGGACAAGUAGGAUUUAUUAUGGAAGCAUUAUUACCGGACGUACCUAUUCGUGAUUAUUCACAGAUAACAACAUUCAAAUUGGAUUUCGUGUCAUACAAAGAGAUACUCGUGAAGAAACAUUUUAUGCGAAAUCGACCUUUUCCAACGGAAGAAGAUUUAGCAAGUAUCGAUGAAGAAGCAAUUAAAGCUAAGGAAGAAGCUGAAAAAGAGAAAGACGACGAUGAAGAAGAAGAGUGGCUGGGAGAGAUACAAUUAAUGGAAAGUGAAAGCAUGUUAGGAACUACGAUCACAUGGGCGCAGUACUGUGAGGAAGGUAUCUGGGUUGUGCAGCGUGGUACCGGGGCACUGUUUUUGGUUAAACCUGGAAAUAAUAAAAUUUUGAAAUACGGCCCUUUUCCUGGUGCAUGGUGUGAUGAUUUGACGUCUCUAAAGUUUGUUUGCGAUAAUCGUUAUUUGAUUGUGGGUACUAACACUGGCUAUAUAAGAGUUGUCCGAAUGCCCACCGAAGAGGAGGAUUCUCCUGAACAACAUCACAUGAUAUGGAUAAUGGCGCAACAGAAAUUAUUGAAAAAACUGAAAGGCAGGCGUUUAGCGAAAGAAGAGCCUCAACCUACGCCUCGCAUUGAUUUUCAUGACUGUUAUUAUUUACCGAUGCAUGACCGUUAUACAGGAGCUGUUACAUGCUUAGAAUUCAGUUCAGAUGGAAAGCGAUUUUAUACAAGCGGUGCAGAUGGAAAUAUUUUCUCGUAUAUUGUUAAUUUUGAAGAGAAUCUCGUUCCGUCGUCUCCACGACGUAAACUUUCGGAAAUACCAAAAGUGGAAAGAGUUCGAGAACCUAGUACACUAGAUGGAGAACUUAUGUCUCAUGAACAAUUGAAACAAAAGGAAGAAUAUGAUAAAAUGAUGGCUAUUGCUAAUGCGCAUAAGAAGAGAGUGCGUGACCAACUUGCGGAAAUUUCUGCUGAAUAUAGCAAAAUAAUAAAAGCAAACCGAGCGCUCCCAUACUCGCAACAAAUCGACGUAACCCUAGAUCCUCGGCCAUUACAAGUACAAGAACAAGAGUUAGAUGAGUGUAAGGCGUUAACUAAACGAAAGUUAGCGCACCAGCUUGAAGCCUCAGAUCUUGGAUUGCAUAAAAUGUAUUCCAGGAAUAUCAUACAGCUAGACGUAUUUCCCUUUACUCUGAAAUGUAUCAGGGAUCCAGAAGUUAUGAUCAGGCCGUUGAGGCAAAAGAAUCUAUCGCAAGCCUUCUAUAACCAAUUAGAAGAAGUUCAUCAGAAAAUGGCAGAGGCAGCUUUACGGGGACGGGAUAUUAAUUUACUAGCAUUAGCAGAGGCUACUUUAAAUCGUGCAGAAUCAACCGCGCGAAGAGCGGCUGCUAGAAAAUCAUCAUGGGGUCCACCAAGGGUUGCAUCAUUUCUGCUUGGCCUUCCGCCAAAACCACCUCAUCCAUUGAAGAAAGCUCUUCGGAAUUAUCAUAUCCGUCUGAACAGACAUCAUCUUCAAUUUAUUGAAUGGCAAGAACAUCUAUCUCGAAAACCGGAUCCAAAUGCAAUGCCACCUGGAGCAGCAGAAGCUCUCAAAGAAGCUGAAGCGACAAUUGGAAACCGCUUACUAAAAACACAACCGGAUUACGUAGCACCACCUGGACACAACACUCAAUUACGAGUUUGUCUUGUUAGAAAAGAAAUCUACGAUACUAAACGUGCUUUCAACGAAAAAGUACUACAACUGCGAGAGCACAAACUAAAACUUGUAAAACGUAUGAAAGAUAUUGGGGAAAGAUUAACUGAAAUAAGAGUUGAAAUCCCACCGAAAUUAGCCAAACCUCCUCCACCAAUACCUCAAAUAGAUGAUGAUUUGGAGUUUCCAGAGAAAAAUUUGGAGAUUAAGCCCGUUGCUAUAAAAGGAGUUCCAAGAACAGCACCAUCAAGAAAAACAAGUGAAAGGAGAAAAUCAACAUUAUAUCCUCAGCAAAGAAUUCGCCCGCCACGUGUUCCACGUUUUGUUCCAUUAUCUGAAUCACGUCCGCUUGCUGCAUCUUGGGAGAUACUUAAAGCUAGGCCAGAUCAAGAGUCCUUUCCGAUUGAAGCUGAAAUACGUGAAAGACGUAUAGAACGCCAUCUGUAUGAACAAGAUAUGCUUCUUGCGGAUGCAGAAGUUUCUGUCCAACAGUUUGACUCUCGACUACGACAACUGCAAAGAGAAAGGAUUCGUGUUCAGGAAAAGAAUCAAUUAUUGGAACUGCAUUUGUAUCAACUGCACAGAGAGAUGAAUGUAUUAAAUCGAUUUGAGGCACAUGAAGAUCGCUUGGCUGAACGUGUUUAUGCAAAACUGAUGCAGGUCCGCAGUGUCCAAGACCAAAUUGCAGACUGUGAACACCGGAUAGAAGAACAUGAAGCUGAAAAGGAACGUUUGGAUGCGGCUUGUCAAGAUCUACAAAGGCAAUUCAAGAGGCUAGUACAAGACAAUAAGUUUGCAGACUUUUUGCGAAGGAUCUUCAAGAAGAAAUAUCGUCCACCACGUGAAAGGGACGAUGACGAAUCCUCGGAAUCUGAGUCGUCGUCAUCAUCAAGUGAGGAAGAAGAUGAAGGAAGCUUAGACAGUCGGGACAUAGGGCCCAUUCGCCUUGAUCCCAAUAUCUGCCCAGAAGGGUGUGACGUUGACGUGUACAAUAAAACAUAUGAAUUGCGGAAUACUAGACAUAAACAUGAACAAGAUAUUAUUGAACAAGACCAUUUAGUUGAUCUUCUACGUAAAGAUAUUGAUGCACAUAAUAAAGUGAAGCGCAAGUUUUCGGUUCAGCUUGAGAAAAGGAAAAAUGAUUUACGCGAAUUUAUGAUGGAAAAACAAAGUUGCAUGAAUGAAGUUGACCAAGUAGUGAUAUUACGUUACGAUCAAAUAAGAGCAUCUGCUCUACGUGGAUGUACCGGUCCUGAUGGACUGUCACAAACUGUGGUAUUCCCCGAACAAUUGUUGGCGCGUUUGCGCAAAAGAGUGCUUGAGUUGCACGAUGAAAUAAAGCAGCAGAAGCAAAGGCACAAAGUAAACAAAACGCACUUAUUCCGCAUGAACAUUGACUUGCGCGAAAUGGAGGCGCAAGCGGAGGAGUUACGGGCCAAAAUGCGUGACGUACUUACUCGUAAGCUCGGCAAGCCACGCCGAGUGGAUCGCACCCUUGACGAUUUGUUGCGACAAAUGGCAAGGAGACACAAGUUCUCGGCAACUCUUGGCACGUUGCCACAGAUUAUGAUGCAACUUAGGUCGUGGAGGGAACGUCACGGUACAUUGGAGAAAAAAUAUCUCACUACAUUGGAAAAAUAUUCAGAUCGUCUCCGCCUUGCUGCUGCCUUGCAAGCUGAUGUCUUACCACAAAAGCCUCAAAAGGAUCCUUCGGUAAUGGCGGGUGGCUACGAGCAAGAGCAAUAUCAACGCGAUGUAGUUCGACUUCGUAUUAUAAGAUCACAACAGGAACAACAGAUUAAGGCACUACGUGAAGAAAUUCAAAGUCUUCGUCUCAAGCCGCUGUCAUAUCGUCCUCCGAUGGAGACAGUCAGCCCGCCGCCUUCUGAUCGAUCACAAAUAUAUCUAUUUCAAGUUCCACAUACAUCGAGACAGCUGCGCAAGAAAUACUUUCCAAUUACUCCACUAGGCUCAGUUCAACUUGUAUACGAUGUCAAUGUGAUGAAACUGCUAUACGAUUGCUUGGACUCUAUGAGGGUAACCCGUGAUGAUGCUGAUGAAUUACUCCGGGAACUCACUGCUGAAUUGGCUGAUGUUAUUUCUGGGGCAAAAUCUCGUUUCGAAGUUGUGGAUAGUUUAGUGCGCAAAUGGUUGUUGAAGUAUGGAGGCGACCCCAGCAUGUAUAAGAAACAGACGAGAGCUUUCGACGCUUUAGCGGCGUUAGCUGAUCGACUGAUACGGCAACACGUCGAAGCCAUGGAAGGCACAGAUCAGCAAUCUCAUAAAAUAAUGGAAUCUUUGGAAGCGGCUUUGAAAGACGUGUCGGGACUGAGAAAGCACUUACAUGAGCGGCUUGGACCAGCUCUCGCUGCCUUGUUGCAUACUACAGAACUUGAUGAUUUAGGUACUGAAGAAACAAUGACGUCGCUCGUAAAUUCUCUAAUUGAUGAAGAUAAUCCUCUGUCUACUGAAUCUAUCGACAGCAUUAUUAUUACUGAUGUGAUUGAUGAUAUAAAAGACUGUGGUGUUCACCUGCCGAAUGAAGAUUUAGAACAUGUUGUUAAAAUUGCAAUAGACUGUCUUAAAGCUCAAUUAGUUGGAAGUGAAGAAGCGAAGCAAAUAGAACGGGAUGUUCAAAAAGCAAUGGAUGAUGCGAAAUCUAUAGCAUCGACGAAAGAUCCGUCGACUGGACGCAGUGAUACAAAAUAAGGAUAAUUUAUGCUGAAUUGAUUUCAAUAUAAUUAUAUGGGAGAAAGCUGAAAGCAAUGACUGCUAAAAUUUCAUUUUCCUACUUAUUGUUUUAUCCAUUAAGUC